AUGGAUCUACAACAACAGCGAUUACUAGCAGAAAUUCUCCAGCAACCCGAGCAGAAAACUUUGGAAUUGAAAGAAUAUCAGACGACAUCAGAACAUCUGCAGCACCAAAUCCUGAAUCCCGAGGCAAUGGCUAAUAAUUUUUGGUUCAUGUUAUUUGCCAUGCAACGAAACGGACCGAUAUACCCGAGCCUCAUGCAGAAUCUGAAUUCUCCUGUUAUUUACUCAGCUUCUACUAGUAAUAGAAAUCAGAUUUUCUCUGGCUUUGACUCAAUGAUGAACACGAACUACCUUCCGACAGUUGCACCCUCCACAAUGCCAUUGCUGAAUAUACCAUUUAUUGAGGAGGCACAGAUUGAUGAUAUGGGGAGUUUUCUGGUGGUAGACGAACUACAGAAAAAAACAGAUUCUACAAAGCAAACUUGGCAGAAUCUCAUGCGACAUCAAGAAAUGCAAUUACCACAGCUGAUAACACAGCACGGACUGCAUCAACAAGUACCGUCGGUAUCACCCUUCAUGAAACGGCGGAUUUCAGAAUCUCUACAGCAGCAACAACAACAUCAGACGGCGGAAAGUGCUCAAAUGACAGUAAUUAAACGAGCUAAAGUAAUCGUGAUCGAACAGAAAGAUCCACAACUGGCACCUUGCUGCUCUUCUGAUGAUCCUAACAGAAUCUCAACCGUUAGAAGAAUGGAUUGGUCGCAGGAAAAGAUCAAAAAAAUCGGCAGUAACAUUUACGGGAAACGAAAAGGAAGAAAUGUCAAAUGUGGUGUCGAUAGUCACAACGAUAACGGUGAGAAUGAAAAUAGUGAGGACGUACAAUACGUGGAUGUGGAAAGUGUGGACGAGAAGUUGGAUACUAAAGAACAGAGGAAAGCACUGAUUGAGUUCUACCGGAAAGUUAAAACAAUCCGGAUGAGUUAUGCGAGAGAGGAUUUGCUGAUCUGUCAGAUGUGUGAACAGAAAGUGCAAAAUUCCGACUCACUAAUACUGAUUCAUUUAUAUGGACAUGCUGAGGUAAUGCCGUAUCGCUGUAAAAUGUGUGGCGCUAGUGAAUGCCAACUAGAACGAAUGUAUGCUCAUAUUAAACAGGGACAUCCCGACAAGGAUCCAUCGAUAACUUAUGAAAAUCGACGGAAUAUGGCUCAACUAAUAUCCUUGUUACAAACAUGUUUUUCGCGGAAUAUUACCAAAACAAAAACGGCAUGUUCUGAUCUGACUGAUAAGAUAUGCGUGAUAGUUAAGGAGAAAUCGCUAGCCAAAUUGACAUGUAUGGUUUGUAUGAGAAAAAUUUCAACACGAAGGAAGUCAUUAAUGCGUCACGCCCAAACACAUCUCCAUUACAGAUGCAAAGAUUGUGGUAUCAUAUUGUUCGAUGAAACAACUAUUAUUGAGCAUGGUGCAAGGAAGCACGACAUUGUGAAUCCACAGCGCACUACUCAUUACGAUGCAUGCAUCAAUACUUCCGAUAAAAGACAAAUUGCACUGCAUAACUGCUUCGGCAAUAUUUUAGGCGAAAAGCUGUGAAAAAAAGAAUGGAAGAGAAGCUCGUUUUUGAAGUCUUCUGUUUAAUUAUAAAUGAAAUAUGAUGAAAAGAGAUAAUGAUGAUCGAUUUCUGAUUAUAUCAGUAAAAUAAUUGAGCUCAUUUCUUUCUUGAUUUUUUCGUUUGUUUGUUUUGCUUUUUGCUUUCCUGUUUAUUUUCUCAAAUAUUCUAAUUGUCAGCAAUUAAGGUAUGCAUCCUACUUCAGGAAUCAUUUCAUGACUUCAAAGA